AUGAGGGAAAUUAAAGAGAGCGGCUACGAGCGUGAGGCCUACUUGAUUUCGAUCAUGCUGAUCACCUUCACUUCCGUUGUUCAUCGAUUUGUUCAAGCAGGAGCUCCAGUAUUUCCUUUUCCCCGGAUCACGUGCAGAAGUCCUCCUUUCGCGUGGAGAACGCAGGUACUGGACAAUAUACCCGUGAUGUUGUUUACCACCUUCGUUUUUAUCUCGAUGGUUCUGCUCCACGAAGUGGAAAGGAUACCUUGGUAUAUUCUCGCGACGUUCUUGCGAACAUUGGUGAUUGAGCCGCAUUCUCACCACGUUACAUGCAUCAAGGAGUUGUAUACCGUAGAGAUACAGUACUGGUCACAAGACACGAAAGAAAAACACGAAAAAUGGAGAAAUGUAAAAAGGCAACGCCAGUGA